AUGGCAUACUUCAACCUCUCUUUCCUCGCCCUCCUCCUCCUCCUCCUGCCCCCCCUCGCUCUCCUUCUCAUCCUCUACCUCAUAGUCCGGCCCCGCCCUGUCAAGAUCCCAAUCAAGAACCGCCACGUGUUCAUCACCGGAGGUUCCAGCGGAAUCGGGCUGGCAUUGGCCCAUCACGCCGCCUCCGAGGGUGCCCGAGUCUCCAUCCUCGCCCGCUCCAUCGACAAGCUCAAGGAAGCAAAGAACUACAUCCAACUCUCCACGGGCAUUGACGUGUCGAUCUUCUCUGCUGACGUUCGUGACUACGAUGCAGUAUCAAAAGCGGUGGAGGAGGCAGGCCCCAUUGAUGUGCUGAUUGUCAACCAAGGGGUCUUCGUCCCUGAAGAACUUGAGAAGCAGGGAUUGGAUGAGGUGAAGUUCAUGGUGGACGUAAAUCUGAUUGGCAGCUUCAACAUGAUCAAAGCUGCUUUGCCCAAAAUGAAGAAAGGAGACAGUAUGCCCCGUUCGAUUGCUCUCAUGUCUUCCCAAGCUGGUCAAGUUGGUAUCUACGGCUACACAGCUUACUCUGCGAGCAAGUUUGGGCUUCGUGGGUUGGCCGAAGCUCUGCAACAAGAGGUGAUAUCUCAUGAUAUUCAUGUUUCUCUUAUAUUCCCUCCGGACACAGACACCCCUGGUCUCACUGAAGAGACGAAAAAGCGGCCGCAAUUGACUAGCAUUAUAGCUGAGUCGUCAGGGGUGAUGAAAGCUGAAGAAGUUGCGAAGAAGGCUUUUGAGGGGAUCAAGUCUGCUUCUUUUAUUGUGCCUUGUAACCUUGAAGGGGUGUUGCUGUCUAUUGCCACUGCUGGGAUGUCUCCUCAGAGAUCGUUUGUUAUGGCAUUUGUUGAAGUGGUUGCUGCUGGUUUGGUUCGUCUUGUUGCUCUGUUUUUCCAGUGGAAUUGGUAUAAUGGUAUACACACGUGGCAUGCACAGAACAAAAUGUUCAGUUUGAUGUUACUGCACAUGUUUCUUGGAUACAAUUGCCAUGUCUAA